UUAUAACCUCCGAGAUGUUUAUUUUCAACGUGUUACCUUUAAGAUUUCUCAAGUUUCAAACUCCAACAAUCAGAGAAUCUCCUUCACGAUGGAAAACACACGUCUCUGCUAUGAAAAUAAAAUAAUUCUCGCACCUAUGGUGCGGGUAGGCACGUUACCAAUGCGAUUGUUAGCUCUUGACUAUGGUGCUGACAUUGUCUACAGCGAAGAACUCAUAGAUUGGAAACUACUGCGUUCUGUACGACGAAUUAAUGAUGUGUUGGGGACAAUUGAUUAUCUUGAUAAAACAGAUGGAACAGUUGUGUUUAGAACAUGUGCAAAAGAAAAAUCUAAAGUGGUUCUUCAGCUAGGCACUUGUGAUCCAGACAGAGCAUUAAAAGUUGGCAAAUUAGUUGAACAAGAUGUGGCUGCAAUUGAUAUUAACAUGGGAUGCCCAAAAGAGUUUUCUAUCAAAGGUGGCAUGGGUGUUGCUCUAUUAUCAUCCCCAGAGAAAGCCAAAGCCAUUUUAAAGACACUUGUUGACAACCUCAGCAUACCAGUGACUUGCAAAAUCAGAGUUUUUGACAAUGUUGAGGAAUCUAUUAAACUAGUAAAAGAAUUUGUUUCAACUGGAAUUAGUGCAAUUGGUGUUCAUGGCAGAACAAAAAUGGAAAGACCUCAACAUCAAAAUCGGAAUAGUUAUAUUAAAAAGAUUGCGGAAAGUAUAAAAAUACCUGUUAUAGCCAAUGGUGGAUCAAAAGAAAUCAAUUCAUAUGAAGAUAUAGAAAAUUUUCGAAAAUCUACGGGUGCUUCUAGUGUUAUGAUAGCCAGAGCUGCACAAUUAAAUUGCUCAAUAUUCCGACGACAAGGACUCAUACCAAUGGACGAUGUCAUCGUAGAAUAUUUAAAAUACGCUGUAGAUUAUGACAACGCACCUAGCAACACAAAAUACUGCGUGCAGAAUAUGCUCAAAGAGUUGCAAGAGACUCCAAGAGGGAAAAAGUUCUUAGAAACACAAACACUCGAACAAAUAUGUGUCAUAUGGGAUUUAGACGACUACUGCCGUAAAAAACAACUAGAAUAUCAAGCGAAAGGAAUUCUAGGACGACGCAACAUAACCCCCGACAUGUUCGCACCUGCGACGAAAAAGCUAAAAAUUGACCACGCAGAUGUGACUACAAUGGCAUGUGCGUUUGUACGCGCAUCUUACACACACGAUCCCGACCUACCAAAGAGUAUGCUAAAUGUAUUCUGCACUAAAAACAAGUGGAAAGCUUUCUACGAAACAAUCCAAGAAGAUAAACUCUUCCGGUCCGUAGUGGACGUCAACGGUUUACGCUACAGUUCAACAUUCUGGGAGAAAAACAAGCGUAAUGCUGAGCAGGGGGCCGCCAUUGUUGCAUUGUUAACUUUGGGUGUUAUUAAUCGCGAGAGUCUAAUUAAACAAGGAAGUAUACUCAGCUGAUAUGCCAGUUGGUCUAAGAUAUUUAUCUUCAUUUCGGAAUUGCGGGCUAUUUUUCAUCUCCCUGAUUAAUAUGUUAUAAUAGUAUAAGAUGAUCACAUGAUAAAUGUCUAAAAAUAA